AUGUCGGUAGACUUCGAUGUGCUGGAGGAAAAUAUGAGUGCAUAUGGAGUUAAUUUCUCUUCUAAUGACAAUGUUCUAACAGCAAAGAUCUCACUAAUUGCAAAACAAUUCAAUUUAUAUGGAGAAGAAUUGGAAGAUGAAAUCAUGGCAUUCGCUAAUAAUCUUAAAAAGACUCAAGUUGACAAAGCUUUGUUGGAAGCUGUAGAAAUGAAACUGCAAAAAAGACUGGAUAAUGAUUUGAAAACACAAAAGAUUAAGAGACCAGUGCUAGCAGAGAAAUUGCAAUCUUCCUUCAAAGCUGAACCACCUGUUGUUGAAACAGAUGAUUUCGAUGUAGAAGAUGACAAAAAUGGAGUAAUGAGCGAUAUUUAUGCACAGUUCGCUCCUGUAAAAUCUGUACCAAACACAAAAUACUUAUCUCGCCUCAAUAAGGGAACCGUCGCUAGUCAAUUAAAAGGAUCUCAGUUCGAAACAAAGAAAAACCCUUCUCCUACACAUUCACAGGUAACUGUUUUGUCGAAUGCUGUAAGCGAGAAUUAUGCAGGUGAAAAAACAGCCAAUGUGAUCGACGAAAUAUGCGAACGCAUGAAACAAUUCGCGGAUCUGUUCAGAAGCAAUAAUCCAGAAAUAGGAAAUUGGUCAUAUACUCCAGUUUCCGACUCAGAAGUGUACAUAUAUGGAGUCAUUGUGAACGAUGGAGAUGAUACCGACUCUCUACACGUGAACAAUGCAAAGAUCAUGUUGGACGACGAAAAUGGUAGUUCCUACACCUUAGACUUCCAACAUCUUCCAUCUGUUACCAUCUUCCCUGGGCAGAUUGUUGCUUACCAAGGUUGCUUCGAUGACGAUAAACACACUUUUUUGGUGAAGAAAGACUUCCCACUCCCAAAACUGACUACACCUGAUAUAACUAAAACAGAAGCAGAUUAUCUAACUAUUUGGUCUGCGUGUGGACCAUAUACCAGUCCAGAUACAUGUGGAUAUGAACCUUUGUACGAUCUUUUAGAAGCUGUAAGGAAAAACCCUCCUAACGUUCUAGUCUUGAUGGGGCCAUUUGUUGACAGAAAGAGCAAGUAUUUCACGAGUCCUACAGCUCAAGCUUCCUACUCGUCCGUUCAAGAAAUUCUGAUGAUCAGAAUCGCUCAGCUGUUAGAUAGGAUUCCUACUCAAAUUAUAAUCCAGCCUUCGCCAAUGCGAGAAGGAGCUCACAUUAAUGGAUUCCCUAGCUCGCCUUUGACCGUACCUCAUGAGAUGGUUCGUAUUCUGGGUAAGAAAUUGCAUCUUGUGAGCGAUCCAGCUGUUGUGGAAGUCGACGGAAUAAAGAUAGCUAUAACAGGUUCAGAGAUCAUAGCGCAUUUGAGUAAGUUGGAAACUCACCGAUCUGCUGAUCAAGAGAAUAUUGAUAGGAUAGCAAGACUAUCCAAUCAUAUUCUAGGGCAGCGUUCUCUUUAUCCACUCUCCCCGCCAACAUUAGCGACGUCGAUUGAAGAUGUCCUUACUGUUUGUAAAUUAACGUAUGCUCCUCAUAUGAUCAUUGCUCCAUCUGUUUUACCUUCACUUUUUAAGAACAUCGACGGAGUAUUAGUUAACAAUCCUGGAACUUAUCUUCGUGGUAGCACUGGUACUUUCUCUAAAGUAGAUAUUAAUCUUGCUGCUGCGAAAGGUUGCAACUCCAUAGUUGAUCACUCACAUGGACGUAUUGAAAGGGUAUAA